AUGCAACGUCUACUUAGAGUCACUAGAAAGGAACCACACGAAUCCCAUGUCUUCCCACGCAACAAGCACCUCCUCAUUCCCAUCCCUCCAUCCCUUCAUAAAAUCCAAAAUCAAAAUCAAAACCAAAACCAAAACCAAAACCAAAACCAAAACCAAAACCAAAACCAAAACCAAAACCAAAACCAAAACCAAAACCAAAACCAAAACCAAAACCAAAACCAAAACCAAAACCAAAACCAAAACCAAAACCAAAACCAAAACCAAACUACAUAA